AUGUCUCAUACAACAAAUACCAAUCCAAAUGAACAACAGGCAGUCGAACAAGAUCUUAUUAAUCGCUGGUCAAAUCCUCGUUUUCUACCACGUACUAAAAUUGGAGUUAUUGGUUAUACAAGUGCAGGCAAAAGUUGUGUGGUAAAUCGACUUCUCGGUGUGAGUUGUCUGACCGAUGAUGAUGCAGCACCAGUGCGCACUAUCAAAAGCACCUAUUAUCAAUUACAAUUCGAUCGACAGGAACCACUCAUUUAUCCACCUAACCGAGACAUAAAAAUACCGGUUACAUUUAUUGAUAUUCAAGGUCUUGAUAAAGACAGACCAACAGUCAAUGAUCAGAUUGAAGCGGGUAAUUAUCUAGAUGAAAUUCGCAAAGCCGAUUGUGAUAUUUAUAUAUUAGUAUUCGAUGAUCAGCUCCGCUAUGAACAAGAAGGUUGGAUUAAUUAUAUCGAGCUGACAUUGGGACGAAAAUGCGUUUUAGUACGAUCCAAAGUAGAUAUUUGCUAUUUAAAGAAAUUUCGCGAGCUUGCAAAUAUUCCUUUUGGUCGAAGUACACCAGAACAACGCAGCCAAUAUGAUCAACGUAUCAUAGAGCAGAUACGUUAUGAUAAUCAAGUCGAAUUACGACAAAUGCCAUUCUGGAAAAAGGAUCCAUCUAAAAAGGAAUUGUACACAAAUGUUACUGAAGGUUUACGACAAAUCUAUAAAACAAAAUUAUUACCACUUGAAGAAGCAUAUAGAUUUCAUGAAUUUCAUUCAUCACAACUUGACGAUAGUGAUUUUGCAGCUAAACCAAUGGUACUUCUUGUUGGACAAUAUUCAGUUGGUAAAACAACAUUUAUUCGUUAUCUAUUAAAUGAAGAUUUUCCUGGUAUUCGUAUUGGACCAGAACCAACAACUGAUUCAUUUAUUGCAAUAAUGCAUAAUGAAAAUCCUGGUGUUGUACCUGGUAAUGCACUAGUUGUCGAUCCAACAAAACCAUUUCGACCAUUAUCAAAAUUUGGCAAUGCUUUUCUAAAUCGUUUUGUUUGUUCACAAAUACGUAAUGAAAUUUUAGAAACAAUUACAUUUGUUGAUACACCCGGUAUAUUAGCUGGAGAAAAACAACGUGUUGAUCGUGGUUAUGAAUUUAGUCAAGUUCUUGAAUGGUUUGCUGAUCGUUGUGAUCGAAUUUUACUUUUAUUUGAUGUAUCAUCAUUAGAUAUAUCAGAUGAAUUAAAACGAGCUAUUGAAGUUUUAAGACGAAAUGAUGAUAAAAUACGUAUUGUAUUAAAUAAAGCAGAUUCAGUUGAUCAACAAGCAUUAAUGCGUGUUUAUGGAGCUUUAAUGUGGUCAUUAGGAAAAGUACUUAAUACACCAGAAGUAUGUCGUGUUUAUGUAGGAUCAUUUUGGUCAAAAGCAUUAACUUUUGAUACAAAUCGACGUUUAUUUGAAUUGGAAACAAAAGAUUUAUUUAAUGAUUUAGAAUCUUUACCAAGAACAGCAACUCUUCGAAAAUUGAAUGAUUUAAUUAAACGUGCACGAUUGGCUAGAGUACAUGCAUUAAUUAUCAGUGAAUUAAAAGAACAAAUGCCAAGUGUAUUUGGUAAAGAUUCAAAACGUCGAGAUUUACUCAAUAAUUUACAUUUAAUUUAUGAAAAAAUUGAACGUGAACAAAAUAUUCCAAUGGGUGAUUUUCCAAAAUUAGAUCGUAUGCAAGAAAUAUUACGUAAUAUGGAUUUUACAAAAUUUCGACCACUUGAUCGAAAAAUACUUGAACGUGUAGAUAGAAUGUUAUCUGAUGAUGUACCAAAAUUAAUGGGUAUGAUACCACAAGAAGAACAAGCUUAUUUACAAUUAAGUUCUCAAUCAUCGGGUGGACAAAUGGCAUCAGGAAAUACAAUAUUUAGUGAUCAAGACGAAACACCAUUUGCAAUUGGUGGUGUUGAAGGUAUUAAUGCUGGUAUUGGUGAAUGUGAAUGGAUUGUUGAACGAUCAAGACAUGAAUAUGAUCAAACAUUUCUUCAACUUUCACCACAAAAUGGAAAAGUUACGGGUGCAUCAGCUAAACAAGAAAUGAUUAGAUCAAAACUUCCAAAUAAUGUACUUGGUCGUAUAUGGAAAUUAAGUGACAUUGAUAAAGAUGGUAUGCUUGAUAUUGAUGAAUGGGCUUUAUCUCAACAUCUUAUUAAACUUAAAGUAGAUGGUCAUGAAUUACCAAAUGUAUUGCCUGAUCAUCUUAUACCACCAAGCAAACGUCAUUUAACGAAAAACACUAAUAAUAUGAGUCCAUCGUAUGGAAAUAGUGGAGUGUAUCCAACACUUGGCAACACUUCUUAUAGUGGUUAUAAUUGA